ACCAAGAGAACUGUCAAAAACUCGUGCCUCUGCACCAAAGCGUUAUUCAAUCGCAAACAAAAUCUGAUUUUUCGGUUUUUCUCCGCGAGUGUAAAAUAAUCGGGACAUUUUUAAUCGUAAAUCCCCUCCGAAAUGCGUUUCUCGGCCGUCCUGUUCCGACAGCACAUCGGGUUCCACUUCAAGAAGCACUGGAUUAUCCAGGGUAAGCGAGUUCCCUCGGAAACCGGGGCGCAGGCCGAAUUGGCCGCUCGUGGCAUUCCGGUGGUCUUGGAUCCAACCGAACUGAUCCGGGAACGGCGAGAAGUGGACCUGAAUCUUAAAGUGGUAGGCCAGUUGCCGCCGGAGGUGCAACUGGACGAGAAUCAUCCGCUGUACAAGCAAGAACCGUGUUAUCUUUACGGGGAUCGGAAUAUCCUGCUGGAGGGAACCCGGCAGGCGCAGGUUUUGCUCAACACGGCCAUCUACGACGAGCUGCCGCUGAAGGUGGAGGAGCGGCUGGACAGGACCAAGAUUCCGACGCAGCUCGACCGGUCCAUGCAGCAGUCUGUGCUGGCGGCGCUCGUUUUCGAUACGGAACAGGUCAAGGUUGGCAUCGUGAAGGAUCCGGAACGGCCAGCGUACAAAUUUCCCCGAGUUUACGGGAUUUCCAACGAAAGGAGGAAUCGCCUGAUCCUCUCUAAGCUGGUGACCCAUUGCGAGCGCUUCGUCGGCCAGGAAGUGGCCUCCAACCGUAAGAUCAUCGCCAACACCCACUUCAUCGUCCCCAUCACCAAAGAACUCGACAGGAUCCAAUUCUCGCUCAAGGUGGACAGCUUCAUCACCUCAUCGGCACCCCUCAAACCGUUGGACAACUCCGUCUACCGACCACAGGACCAAACCCUGCCGGACAUUUUCCCCGUCAAGCAAACGGUCACCAUUCCGACCACGCAUUUUUACGAGUGGCAAACCGAGUACCCCAUCAGCCGCCAGUACAGGUUCUCCCAUCCGCACACCGUUCUGCUGCACUGCGCUCCGGAAUCCGUGGAGAACAUGUUCGAGACGCCGGUCACGGACGACCAGAAGGAGGCCCGGGCCAUGAUUAAGGCAUUUACGGUGGCGGCAGCCCGCGCUCGGCAACUUUACGGGAACGACGUCCAAGCCUUGCCGGCCCCCAUCCAGGUGCAGGUGGUGCAAACCGACAGCCAGUGGUUCCACUUUGGCAUCUUCCAGCUGAACACGUUGGACCUGAACGCGUCCGGGGAGAGUGCCGGCAGUCGCAAUCUGUGGUUCCGCAAGCCGCGGAUGGACCUCUACUCGCAGUGUGGCUAUCUGGUGGGAAAACCGAGCCUGGUCGAUUACAACCGGGACGUGCUGCGGCAUAUGGCCGUGUUCUACGGCAGUAGUUAGAACAGUUGUAAGUUGAAUUAAUGGAGGUGAAUUAGUGAAUCGUACAUUCAUA